AUGGGAGGGGAUGAACAAGCUUUCUUGGAGAAGUUCUUUCCUUCAAGCAAGUUGAAUGAGCUUAAGAGGGCUAUUAGCAACAUUGAGCAAGGUUAUGAUGAGAUCCUUUAUGACUACUUAGAGAGGUUUAAAAGGCUCGUUACUUGUUGUCCCUACCAUGGUUUUGUCGAGAAGGAUCUUGUGUUAUACUUAGUUGGUGGGCUCCUUCCGGAUGAGAGAAGGAUGGUGAAUGCUGCUUGUGGGGGUAACAUUGAUAACAAGACCCCACAACAAGCCAUGGAGCUCAUAAGUGAGUUUGCUGAGAGUUCCCGCACUUAUUCUAAGAGAAAUACACUCGGGAAGUUAAAGCGGCUUGUGGUAUUUGUUCCAACACCGGCCAUCCGACCGAUUCUUGUCCGACUUUGCAAGAGGAAACCGAGAGGUGAAUGCCGUGGGAUAUCAAGGGCAAAGAAGUAUGAUCCAUUCUCAAACUCUUACAAUCCCGAACGGAGAGAUCAUCCAGUCUUUAGUUACAAGCAAGGGAAUCCAACUCCCCAAGGAAAUCCGAAUUUUCAACAAGGUAAUCACCCUCCUCCUUACAUGGCACCAUUUCAAGCUCAAGGGAAAUCCUCUAGCUCCAACUCAAUGUCCACCGAGGAUAUGAUCAAGGCCUUGGCUCAAAAUGUGACUACUAUGCAGUCCAACAUGGUGCAAUUUCAACAGGAGACAAGAUCUAGCAUUCACAAUUUGGAAACACAAGUGGGCCAAAUGUCUAGUGUCGUGAAUAAACUUGAGGCCCAAAGUUCGGGGAAGCUACCAUCUCAAACCGAGGUGAAACCGAAGAGGAAUGUGAGUGCCAUGACUUUGAGGAGUGGCAAAGAGUUGGUUGAUCAAGAGCCCGACAAGAGCAAGGUUGUGGAGGAGAUUGUAACAAAGGAAGAGGAGGUGGAGGUUCUAGUCCCAUCAAAAGAAGCUGAAAAAUUGGCAGUGGCUGUCGGAGUUGUGGCGGUGGCUGAAUAG